AUGACCAGAGUUCACACAAAAUUAGCUGGUCCUAUGUUUUCUAUCAAGAGCGCAGACCUGAACCGGACAGCUUUUUCGGCAACGAAAACAUCUACGCCCAUGUACCAAAAUCGUUGGAAUCUGGCCUACUGUAUACCUGCCAACAGGCGGCGUGUCGUUCUCUAUGGUUCUGCCACAUUCUUUUCUCACUCACCAAUCGACUGCAUUCAUUUCACAAAAGACGUUCCACGUCGGUCAUGGCCUCAGAAUCUUGACUUCGACUGUACUUUCAGACCUGAACUAGAGCCUUCAGUUCCCCUUAUUGAUCUGCUUUACUGGGUUGUGGAUGACUUCCGCGCAGCCAAAAUAAAGAUCUGGUUAGCAGAUACUUACUACAGAACUGACCGAGUGGGUGAUAAAGCCCAGCAGAAGACCGUUGAGGCGUUGAAACAUUUUCUGUCAUACUCGAAAAGCGAUACAACUUUUAUAUUACCAUCAUGCUUCGAGCCGUCAGUCAAGAACCUAAAAAAUGGAAGCUCCGGCAAAGUCACAUUCAAGUUUCUGGAAGAUAAUACCAGCGACGAGAAUAUUUGA